UGUGGUCAGUACCUUUCCAGAAAAUGGCUGGAUUGUGUGUCGAGGUUUGACACGUAUUUAGCUAAAAAUCGUAAAUAAUUCUAUAAAACUUUGCUAUGUUGUUGAAGUGAUUGAGCUUUGCUAGCAAAAAUUUAAUUAGUAGUGCCAAAAUGGAGUUCCGCGAGACGCUUUUGGCUGCCCAACGGAAUCAACAAGAGAAGUCAUCUGUUGGGAGCUCAUAUUAUAAAGCUCGGUUUGAUCCUCCAAAGAAAGAACAAAAGUCAAAGGACAGACUCUCUGCUAAUAUACAAAAGUUUCUUGCUAAGAAAGAAGAAGAGGAGAGACAGAAAAAACUAGAAAUACAACGUAAAAAAGAAGAGUUGCUUGCUAUGCGAGACCCAAAGGCAUUAAGGAAAAUCCAGAAGACAUUAAAGGUGAUAAAGUCUGCCAAUAAGUCGGUGAUAGCCGAUGCAAUUGAUACGGAGCACACAGCCAUCACACGCGAGGGCCCCGACCAGCCAGACCAAGAUGAUUAUGGCUACGAGUCGCAGGAGGCAGCCGCUUAUUACGAGAAAAUGAUGCAGAAGUAUAGCAAGAUGCCUGAUGAACCAAAAUUUCCUUCAAGCGGUAGUCAUAUAAACAAGGACUUGAAUGGAACUCGGGAGCGAGUGAAGCAUGCCUUACAACAUGAAGAUGACCCAGUGCCUCAUAAGCGGAGACGAAGGACUGAGAAUGCUGACAAAGAUUCGACUCGAGACUCGAGUCCUCCGCAAAAAUACGAGCCGGAAAAGAAAAAGGACGAAAAGCCGGAGAAAGCUAAAUUCCGGAAACCGGCGCCGCCUCCCAUGGAUUUUAACCAACUGCUAAAACUCGCUGAACAAAAGAAGAGUGAGCCACUGGAAUUGGCUGGUAAGAAGGUCGCUGCUGAGUCGGAGCCUGAAAGACCCAUGACCAAGAAGCAGAGACGAGAGUAUGAGGAGGAGAUGGCGCGUCGCCAGCGGAGGCAGGAGCGGCUCGACGCGGAGAAGUCCGGCCGGAAAGUUGUAAAAGAAGAGAGAACUCUUGAAAGAGAAAAACCAGAAAAAAAACCUGAACCUGUUGGUUUCGGCAGAAUUCCCAAACUGGGGGACAGAAAUUCUAGCAACCAGAAAAGUGAACCUCCCAAAACCUAUGACAAAGACAAACAUAACAGUGAAAGGGAGAAAGCCGAUAGAAUACAGCGAGAGAAAGACAGAAUACGAUCGGAGAGAGAUAAAAUAGAGAGUGAGAAAUUGAGACAAGAGAAAGAAAGAUUUGAAAAAUUAAAGGCUGAAAGAGACAGGAUCGAUAGAGAAAUGGAGAAAUAUAAGGAAAGGGAAAAGCUUGACAAAACUAAAGCUAAGUUAGAAAAAUCGUCCGAUAAAAUCAAAUCAGAUAAAAUCAUAGAUAGAACCAAGAUGGGUGCAAGAGAGCAUGAAAUUAAAAAGAGUAUAGAUCUUAAGAGUCAGAAUACUUACCGAAUAGACAAAAAUUCAAAUGAGAAGAGGUUAAGUGUGCCACAGAAGGGUGAUCAAAGACUUAGUAAUGGACAUGUACAGGGUAAACCUAUUCCGAAAAUAGGAAAGGAUGUUGUAAAUAGAAAUGAUGUUAAGGACAAACUUAGUGUAGCCAAACAGAAAAGUUCAUUCACUGAGGGGCCUCCUAAAGCUAACGGAAUUAGACCUGAUAAGAAGUUACCAGAUAGCAAAAGGCCUGAUGAUAGGCGGUUAAUGCAAACCAAACCUGCAGCAGGCUCGAGUAAGGCUCCGAUGAGCAAUAGCUUCGAUUUCGAUAAACAUGUUAAUUCUUUGGGCAAGAAUGGAAGUAAAUUCCCACCGGGAGGUGUUAAGAGGAAACCUCAUCCUGAUGAUAUUAGGAAGAAACCAAAACGUCGGCUGGAUUCGGAGUCAGAAGACGACUCAGAGAUGGACGACUUCAUCGACGACGGCGACGAGAAUAUGGACUAUUCUACACACAUCAAGGAAAUAUUCGGCUACGACAAGUCCAAGUACCGGUACAUGGACGAUGACGACGACCCCUCGAUGGAAUCCAGCUUCUCGCGUCAGCAGCGCGAAGAGUACAUCAGCAAGAAGAUUGGCAUAAUGGAAGACUUAGAAGAUAUGCGAAUGGAAGCGAUGGAGAAGAGUAAAAAGAAAAAGCAAAGGCGGAUAAGCGACGACUGAUCCACGACUCCCGCACGUUCAAAGGACCAAACAAUCACUAUAAUCUUCCUCAUCAAGUCCUCUAUGGCGCAUUGUAUAUUGAUGUACGAUUUAUUUAUUACUAGCUUAAUGCCCGGCAUUUGAAGCUAUGCCGUUUUGUUUCGCACGCAUACACGUUGAUGCUAUUAUGUCGAAACCUUCCCGCAAGCCCCAACAACAACUGUACAGUUUCAUAAAAUUAUGAUUUCUUCUUUAUUUCUAUCAGUUGUUGAUGAAUAGUAUGAAGAUGUGCAAUCUGUGUUGUGGCUUGUGCCGCUUUGACAUGCUUCGCUCAAUGCGUGCUCCGAUUGGUCGAUCGUCGCGUCAGAUUUCGUUGCAACACAACACAACACCACAAUCACAUAAACAUAAUCACAAUUAUUUUAAUCUAAUUUUUUACAAUCUCAUUUUUCUACUUUUACUUUGAGUGGUCCCAUUAACUGACUCAAUAAGAACUUAGAUCAAUAAAUAAUGAAUAAAUGAUUCGGUUUUGCGUUCUACCACACAAAAUUUUUUUUUGUAUUUAAUUUGUCCAUAAAUGGAUAUAAAAAUUAAAGAUAAUAUUUGCACAAACACAAUUUUUGUAUUAUUAAAAUUCCGGAUCUGAGUUGAUCAGAAACAUAUUGUUUUUAAGUUUACUUUAGUAAAUUAAAUUAUUAUUACCCUAUUCAAAUGCUGACAGGCACGCUUUGACAUUUAAAAGGUCUAGCAAAGGUUAGGGGAAGUCUCUCAAGAAAGGAAUUCAAGACCAAUAAACAAUAAUUGUUUGUUGGUUUUCUUAAAUAUAACAUUGUUUUCUUUACUGAAUUGACAUUGGCGGUAUUAUUGCGGACCACAUCACCGCAGUACAAAGAGUCAUAGAGAAGAAAAGAAGAAUGUUCAAUAUGUUGUCACUUGUCAACAUUAUUUUACUCUAUCCACGGAGAGAAGUUAGUAUAGGGCUCUCUCUGUUAGUAAUCCCAUACAAACGAUAAAAAUUCAGAGGGUAAUAACCAUAUGUUUUCGAGUUGAAUUUCGAAUAUUUUUUGAAAACAUAGGUUCUCUAAUAGGGAUAGGUUCUUUAAUAAGAGUAGUAUAGAAAACGUAGGUUCGUUUGCGAUUGGUUAGCCACUCAAAAUGGUUAACGCCCACUGACUUAAUUGUCUUUGUCAUUUAUAUAGGAUUACGUAACACAGAGACCCCUAUAAAACUUCUCUCCCUGGAUUGAGUAUAUGCACAAUUAUUAUUGUAAAUGAAGAGAGACAGAUGACUUAGGGCGCGGGCCUCAACGUCAGCUGUGGGCGGGAUGAGAGGCGGGGUCGAUGAUGAUACAAUAUGCCUUCAUUUAUAUAGGUAGUGCUAUCCUUGACGACUGUAUUGUAUCAUUGCUCCACCAACCUGUCGUCGAGGCAGUGGCUUUAAAUCAAAACCUUGCCUAUUGGCAUUUAAAUAGAGCUAUAGUAUAUAUUAUGUUAGUGAUAUUUUAUGUUGUUAAGUCUUGAUAAGUAUAAUUCUAAUUAAAAAGUAGGUAAUCUUUCAUUUGUGUAAGAUCAGGAUUAGCAAAGAGUGCAUAUAUUAUUUUAUACAGUUGCUCUAUC